AUGGGUCGCACGAACACGAAAAAGCAGAAGGCGCGGGAGGAACGCCUCAGCAAGCUUCCCCACUCCGAACGACUGGCCAAAAGUGCACUCAUCAAGAAGAAGGAAGGCCGCGUGCUCGAUGCGGCUGAAAAGCACUCACUGAAGAUGUCAUCAGAGCACGGUGAGGUUCUCCGCUUGUGGGAGAAGUUGCGCACGAUCGAGGAGCGCACGGUGGAGCAGGCUGCCGUGUCUGCCAACAAGAAGAUUGCAUACGAGCACAAGUAUCCCAUGGUGGACAAGCUCAUACAUUUUCUGGAGCCCAAGUUUGCGAGCCUGGUGCGCACGCCUAGCGUGAGCCGAGUGGUGCAGUCGAUGAUUAAAUACGGCUCUGGGGAGCAGGUGGGCACCGUCCUAAAGUGGAUCUCGAAGGACUUCUCGACCUACGCAACGGACGCAUACGCACAUUUUGUGGUUUGCGCGUUGGUGCGCCACGUCCCGCACGAGGCCUACAGCAAACUGGUGACGCACGUGAUACCGUCAGUGCCGCAGCUUGUAGCGCACAAAUUUGGCAUCGAGGUGCUCCACUCAGUAUACAGCAGUCGCUGGUGCAGCCCGGCUGAUCGUAGCCUCCUCCUGUUAGCUGUGUUCAAGGAUAGCGUUGCGGUGAUGAAACGGUGGCCGGGUUAUCCGGAGAUUGAGGAGGUCCUGAAGCAGAACCCGUCGCUUCAGCGGCGCCUCCUCACUCGCCUCUUUGACCUCUGUGACAAGCUGGUGUCGCUGAAAGAGGCCAUAGGGUACCCGUUUGUGCAGCGGCUUGUUGGCACCUACAUACGGUGCGGCACACGUGAGGAGGUGAGCGAGCUAUGUGACACGCUACGCCCGCACAUUGCCGCUAUUUCGGUCACCCGGGAAGGCGCCCCUCUUGCCUCCCUCGCCUUCUCCUUGACGGAUCCAAAGAAGCGCAAGGAGGUGCUUCACAACUUCAAUGCACAGCUGGGUGAGCUCAGCACCAGCAAGUACGCGGCACCGGUCAUUGCUCGCCUGUUUGACCUCCUGUACGACGCGCAGAUGCUGAAGAAGUAUGUUGCGAGCGACCUAGCGGAGCACAUUGGGCAGGUAGUCAACAGCCCUUAUGGCUACCAGAUCCUUAUGCACUUGCUCACUCCGCACGAGGAGCGCAAGCGGAAAUUCCUGCUGCCCCAUUGGCAGGCGCACAACCUCUUCUCCAUGGAGAAUAAGGAAUGGAACCACCACACGUGGCUGACGUCGGCAUUUGUGCCCGAGACUGUAGAGAUCUGCAGCAAGCCUGCUGUCACGUCCCACAUCGCAGCGCUGCCGAUGCUGGUCAAGGCAUUCCUGCGGUAUGCCACCGACAGCGCCAACGACGCUAAGCUGAACCGUCACCAUGCCGCGCUUAUCGCACGCGAAAUUCUGCACGUGGUGCAGAACGAGCCGCUCUAUAAGACUGCAAUUCAGCUUUCGGCUGAUGAGGAGCAGGAGCUGUUCAAGAUGGCUCCCGCACAUGGCAAGCGAGAGCGUGAGGACGCAACGGAGGAAGAGGAGGAGUGUGCCAUUGCCUCAGCAAAGUACUCCAGGCAUGAAAACGGCAGGCAGAAGGUCGCAGGGCUCACUUCAACUGACUUGAGGAAGAAGAUGAAGGCGCCAGGGGUCACCUCAGUGGCUGCCGCACCCAAAGGCAGACGAGUCAAGAAGGAUGCUAAGAAAAAUACGAAGGUUCAGACCUCCGCUGCAUGA